CUCGAACGACUCGAACUGAUGGCCAGAAUUAGAAGUCCACUCGCUCAGAUAGACAGAAGUGUACUAGGUCGUACUGGUCGUACUCUCGUUGUGGUGCACAAGUAGUCCAUGGAGCUCAACUGACAAGUCUCACGCUCAUUGACACCACUCCCCAGACCCCCAUCACUCCCCGGAACCGUGGAGGGUGCCACGUUGGGCCCCAAGAUUAGCCUCCAGCUCAGUGCUCGCUGCGUCUCGCGUGGUCGAUAUCGGCGUGGCCCUUGGGGCUGAAUAGCGGGCACGGAGCCCCGUGGGAUUGGCAGCCCAGCUUUGGACCCUCUGCGUGGACCGGAGGUCACGCUCCAUGCCGUCACGCCCCAGGUCAUGGCGGCCGCGGUGAAGAUGAGGCUCACGCCCUCCAUGGAUUUGGCCGUCGAUUUGUCGGUGGAUCAUGCUUAUUUAGGCAGCCUGUCCCACCCAUCCAGCCCGUCGGGCUCGCCCCCUGAUCAGGAGGUGCCCCGCCUCCAGGUUCAGUCCAGUUCGGUCUUGGGUCCGGAGCCGUUGGCGUCUCGACGGAAGAAUAAAAGUAAAUCCCGCCUCUCGCCCUUGGCUGGCGUGCCUAAAGUGGCGCUAGCCUCGCGGGGCACGCCGUCCAUCACACCGUCCACCCUACCUCCAGCCCCGCCGCCAGCCCCGUCCGAGGCCGUGGUGAUUGACAUCACCUUGGAAAAUGGCCGUAUUCUGCCGGCCUCCGCGCCCCAGGCCUCGCCCACAGCCUCGCCCACGGCCUCGCCCACGGCCUCGCCCACGGCCUCGCCCUCAGCUCCCUGGCCACCGUCUCAAGCCAGGGUGGCAGAGCGGGUGCCGCCGGCCUCUGCUCCUGUUGCCCCUGCUGCCUCUGCUGGCCCCGCCCAUUGGACCCGUCCUCGACCGCCUUCCCCUUUUAAUGCUCUGUUGGACUUUGCCAACAUUGUGGUCAGUUUUGAACGCGUCACCGAACAAGAUUCCCAGAAAUUCCGAGACGAAAUGCGAGCUAGUAAUAAAGUUGUAUUAGCCGAUGUGCGGAACCCGACCCAACUAGCCUCGGUGGCCGAGCAAGACUUCAUCCUGAACCUCACACCCAAGGGUGGCCCAGCCCCAGGACCUCGCCAUGGAUCAGGCCGUGGCCGCGGCCUCAAACGCUCGAGUAGUGGGCGUCAAGUCGCCAGGAACAAACAGGCUCGUCAAAGGGGACCCAAAGACUCUGACGAAGAGAAUAUCGCCCAUCAUAACGCUCGGUUGCCUGACCAAGCCCCCUGUACGUGUGGUAAAGCGGCGGAUGACGGGCCCAUGGUGGAAUGCACGGGCUGCCAAGUCUGGUGUCACUUCUCGUGUUAUGGGUUCGCUCAGGCCAAAGAUGUGCCCAAGGAAUGGGUGUGCACGGCUUGUGCCAAGAGGUAGGCGGGUUUCGCUUACCCCGCCUGAGGCCUGCCGCCUCAACGAGUCAACGACAAUGAUCUGGAGAAUCUGAAGACCUCCUCGGUGAUACUACCAUGAAAUAAACCGCCAUCCAAAUCAAAUUCCAAACAAAAUCCAACUAACCCCGUGGCCUCUCUUCCCUUCCUUUUCCCUCCUGCAUUGUUAGUACAAAAAUGUUAAUACUUCUAUGGAGAUCAUCCACUCUGAUCUCAAAUUGAGAACCAAACACAAGCGAGCGCCUCAAGUUCGUACUUUUGGGUGGCACAAGCCCACUCGAACUAUCCCCUAUCCCCGGGAAUUCGAGCGUGCAUCCAUUUGUCGGGAAUCCACGCUUUCUCAGGCCCCAUGUGCACACACACUCCCCAAGUCUCACGAUAGGUGCUGAUUCAGACCUGUUUCAAGUUAUGUCAAAAAUAUAUAUUAAUAUGUCUUCUAUCAACAUAAGAAAAUAUAUGUUUUGGUGACUGAA